UUGUCUGUGUGGGGUGGAGUGAGAUGUCUUAUGUAAGCACCGAAAGACCAAAAUAAUAAGUCUGAACCUUAAAACGCCAUAUCAAACAGUGAUGCAAUUUUCCUUGAUAAUAUUUUUUACGCAUUUUGGAUUAAAAGCGAUAAAACAAAUCACAAAUUGAGUUUUUAAAUAUCCUGUGUAAUUUUCUUACCCCGCCCUCACUGGGAAUAAUUGUCGCACAAUCCAACCUCACAUUCGUGCAGAAGAGCCACUUCAAUAUGGCGGCUGCAAACGAGAAUGGCAAUGGUCAAAGCUUCGAGGAUCUGCUGGAUAAUGAAGGCACUACUGCUGGUGCCCUUGUUCUGACGGCAUUUAUGACCACAGCAACCCAACCACUGACAUGUGUUAGGCUUCUAAUGCAGGUUGGUCAUGAACCAAUUCCUCCAACUCCAUCAAAAACAUUCUUAGGAACCAAGGUGUUACGACUACCAAGCUUUUUUCAAUAUGCAAACCAUGUUAAGAAGCUCAAUGGCUGGAGUGGAUUGUACAGGGGUUUAUUACCAAGGGUCUACUCAUCCAUGAUUGGAACUCUUGUGAACAAUACAAUUCUACAGGCAAUGGGUACAAAAGAUAAUGCUCUUGUCCCUCUUGUACACCCAGAAAAUAAGACCAAAGAAGAAGAGUUGCUAGAGUUCGCAGAGGAGACUUGUAUGCAGACUGUGGCAAAAUGCAGUGCUCUUAUCAUCAGUCACCCAUUUUAUGUAAUCUCAGUUAGGAUGAUGGUUCAGUUUGUUGGGCAGGAAACAAUUUACAGUGGCCUUCGAGCUUCAAUAAAAGAGAUUUACAACAAUGAAGGCCUUGCUGGAUUUUUUAGUGGUGUUAUUCCUCGUCUUCUUGGAGAAAUCCUUUCACUGUGGUUAUAUAGAGGAGCUUGCUUCCUGGUUAGCAAAUAUGCCAUUGAUAGUGAGGUCAGUAGGAGAAAAGAAGUGCAGGUGUAUACAAAUGGACUUUUCCAGUAUGCUGCUGGUGUUGUGACAUACCCAUUUACUCUGGUCUCACACAUGAUGAUUGUCAACCAUGUUGGUCUUGCUGGUGGAGAGCCUCCUGCAAUGCCAGUGUUUUCUGGAUGGACAGAUUGUUUUAAAUAUCUCAGAAAAUCAGGAAACUUGUGGCGUGGUUCAAGCAUGUUCCGAAGGACUGUCCGUCAAGUAUCUGGGAUGUAAUUAGACUGGGAUGAAGCAAGAACAAAGCCAAGACAGUCAAAGCAAUUAUUCUAAGCUGAACAGUUUUAUGCAAUAAGUAAUUUAUUGUAGGGUGGAUACGGGGUGGUGGGGAGGAUGUCAUUUUUAGAACUGUAACAAAAUUCAAGUGGCAGCAUGUCAUUGACUUUCAUGUCUAGGUCUAUUUGAAUUUAGUGAAAGGCCAGUUCCCACCCUCUGGUAUUCUUUGAUGAAACCAGCAAGGAUGGCUUUUAUUUCACUAUCGUGGACUGUGCACUUACACUUUUAUUUAGUUUGAGCACCUGUAGUAUACUUUAGUGAAUAUUGGUGAUAAAAGUCUAUUGUUUAGUUUUAUUAGCACUGCAUUAAUAAAAAUUAAACUUAUUUUUAUUAGAUGUUAA